AUGGCAUCCGCUUCUCUGAUUCACGCACGCUUUGGUUACUCUACGAGAUUCAGUGAUAAUCGACGAUAUGGUUCGCAGGGACCUGUAGGCUCUUCGUCUUCGUCUUGUUGCUCUUCGUCUCUGGGCUUUUCUUCUGGGUUAUAUAGUUGUUGGAGAAACCAGGGCCUUAGAGCUCAAGCUAUGACUAGUCGGGGAAAUUUUGCAUCAGCCUCCGGGGGUGUUGCAAGUGCAGAGAAUAAGCCUGAUCAUCUUCUCGUCCUUGUUCAUGGCAUCUUGGCAAGCCCAAGUGACUGGACAUAUGGGGAAGCUGAGUUACGAAGGCGUCUUGGAAGAAAUUUCCUAAUUUAUGCUAGUUCAUCUAACACAUACACUAAAACUUUUACCGGGAUUGAUGGAGCUGGAAAACGAUUAGCAGAUGAGGUCAUGCAAGUUGUGCAAAAGACAGAGAGCUUGAAGAAGAUCUCAUUUUUAGCCCAUUCUCUCGGGGGCCUGUUCGCAAGAUAUGCAAUUUCUGUCCUUUACACACCCGAUGAUGGUGCCAAUACAACCAUUGCAAAUUCACAAAAAGCAUACUCUUGGAGACGAGGAAAGAUUGCUGGUUUGGAGCCAAUCAAUUUUGUAACAUUGGCAACUCCACAUCUCGGGGUGAGAGGGAAAAAACAGCUGCCGUUUCUGUUCGGAGUACCUUUCUUAGAAAAGCUUGCUGCUCCAAUUGCUCCUAUUAUUGUUGGUAGAACUGGUAGUCAGUUGUUCCUCACUGAUGGUAAGCCUGAGAAACCUCCGCUUCUUUUGAGAAUGGCAUCUGAUUGUGACGACGGAAAAUUUGUAUCUGCUUUGGGGUCUUUUAAAUGUCGCAUUCUUUACGCUAAUGUAUCUUAUGAUCAUAUGGUUGGCUGGCGCACAUCAUCAAUUAGGAGGGAAACAGAAGUUUUUAAGCCCCCCCGCCGGUCUUUGGAUGGCUACAAGCAUGUUGUAGAUGUGGAGUACUAUCCCCCAGUCUCCUCUGACGGUCCCCAUUUUCCUCCUAAAGCAGCUAAAGCAAAGGAGGCUGCCCAGAGUGAACCCAACACACAGAACACAUUGGAAUAUCAUGAAAUUGUUGAAGAGGAAAUGAUACGCGGCUUACAGCAGUUAGGAUGGAAAAAAGUUGAUGUCAGCUUUCAUUCAGCAUUUUGGCCCUUCUUUGCCCAUAACAACAUUCAUGUGAAAAAUGAAUGGCUCCACAAUGCUGGUACCGGAGUGGUUGCUCACGUUGCUGACAGCCUAAAGCAACAAGAAUCCUCCUCAUUUAUCACCGCCAGCUUAUAG